UGGACGAUCUAGAGGAACAGGCAUUGGCAGGGAAACCUUGGCAACUGAAAGGCAAGCCCCUGUGAUCACAGAGCACACCACAUUGCAGCUGGAGCACAUUAUCCAACAGCGAAUGAAAGAUCGUGCAUGGGAUGAUGUUGAAAAGAAAGUGAAACCUGUGGAAACCCCUAACGAGUACAAGAAGAAGCUUGUUCUGGAUCAUGAAAACAGCAAACUCAGUCCUGCCUGGAUUUAUGAGCAGCCGGCCCCAGAAGUGAAGAUUGUCAGCAACAUACCAGCCAUUAGCCUGGAAGAGGUUGCACCUGUGGCAACCAGUGAUGCAGCCCUCCUAGUACCAGAAGAGAUGCAAGGUCGCCUGAAAGGUGAUUUGAUUGGCAAGGCUGAGCGUACGUCUUCUGAUAAGAAGAGAGAACGUCAACACAAGGUCAGACAGAGGGCACGAGCAGUUGAGCAGUUGCGGCCAGGCCUGGGGAACAAGUACAGUAAGGCUCGUGCAUUGCGAGACCUGGAGAAGGUCACAGAGAACAGCAACAUCACACAGGUUGCUCAGAAGACUCAUGCGAAGGCCAUGCGGUCAUCAUCAGCAUUCUUCAGCCGUCUGCAGGAUGAAGUGAGGAGCCAUAUCAAAAUGAAGACUGCAGGUAGCAGCCAGAGUCAACAGAAGGAUGUUAGGUCUGCCAUGAGAACGAAGUUGUGAUGUGCAUUUGCAUCACACUGGCUCCUUUUGUAGCAUCUCAGGACAUACAGCAGGUCGAUCAUGCAGGCCGAGUAUGUUGUUACUUCUGUAUAUAAAUUAAAUUG